CAGUGAAAGAAGUGUUUUGCUGGAUACGAAAUCUGUCAAGUCACCAAAUCAUCGUAUUUUACUUUUACUGAUCAAAGGAGAACUUGAAUUGCAUCUUAAUUUCGAUGAUUCCCAUCAUGCAUUCAAUUGGGGUAGUAAUUUAAAUGAUAAUCGAAUUCAUUCCAUGCGUAUUAAACGACGUGGUGAAAAACUUUUGCUAUUUCUGGAUGGUAAAUGGGAGCAUAGUUAUUUUCUACCAUCUGCUAAAGUGGUAUUGAAUAUUGAUGAAAUAGCUGCUGGACAUUCAUUACAUCCAAUCGCAUCAUCACAUUUUACCACUCGUGCAAACAGUACAUUGGAUGAGAAAUUUCGUGGACAAAUGAUAAAAAUGCUCUUUAAUGAUUAUGACGUGUUAAAGAAUGCAGAACGUAGAAGCCCAAAGCAUACUUCAUCAGUGAAAAUGAAUGAAUUACAUGAGCGAUAUAAAAUACGAAAUAGGAAAGCAAAAUAUUCACCGGUAACCUUUGAAAAAAAUAAUUCAUAUGCUCUGAUCAGCGAUGAACGUUUAGCAAACAUUGGAAAUAUUUAUCGAAUUUCAUUCAAAUUCCGAACACUGUCAUCAUCAUCAGUUUUACUCGUUUUCUCAACUAAUUCCUCCUAUACUCACGAUUUGGCAUCUUUGGAAUUGUAUAAUGGUCGAAUAAGAUAUACUUAUAGCUUUAACUCUCGAACAGAAUCCAUACUGUCAUCAGCUUUGCCAGAUGGACAAUUUUUAAAUGAUUUUAAAUGGCAUAAUAUCCUUGUGCAUCAGAAAUCAUUGGGUAGUGAGCAUUAUCUUGUGGUGGAUAAUAGAAGCGUAGUAAUGGAUAGUUUUCAAGGACAUACCGUGAAUUUAGAUACACAUUUAUAUAUCGGGAAUGUACCAUUCGAAGUUCCAGGUUUUCUAAGACUUAAGGACGUUCCCGGUUUCCACGGCUGCAUCUCUUCAUUACGGAUUGGUAAUGAAUAUCUGGACAUCUUGAAUGACGCUACGGAAAGUUCUGGUAUUGCAAAAGGAUGUCAUGGUCCAAAUACUCGAUGUUCACCGAAAACAUGCUCAAAUCGCGGUAAAUGCAUUCAAGCAUGGAAUUCUAUCAAAUGCGAUUGUUCAAUGACAACUUAUGGUGGCGAAAGAUGUGACAGCCCUGGUACCACAUAUGUAUUUGAUUCAUCGCUGUCAGCAAUCUACUAUGAAUAUCCACAAUCAAUCAGACCAUCAACAAAUCAAGAUCAGGUGGCAAUUGGAUUUCGUACUCGACAGGCUACUGCUGUACUAUUAAGUGUACAUUGUAAUGUCGAUGGCGAUUUCUUUACCGUUUUCUUGGUAAUCACUUUUUUAUAA